CGGACAUUCAUUCUACCACAGCGCCAGCACGCUGUUUUAUACCCGCUUGAAUAUGUUUUGAAAAUUGAUUGCCGUUGCUUUGCACGCCACUUGCCUGGUUUCAAUGCACCUGUAUGCCGGAUCAGUGGUGUGUGCAUUGUUUACCCCUUUCGUGCAAGCUCGCUCCAAUACAUUUCGGCUCUUGGAAGCCGAGUGAGCUGACAGAGCCAAAGAGACGCGAUCGUGGAUUGUCCUUCCCGUUGGACUGAGAUUUGUUUUAUUAAAGAUCGAGGUAAAAUACUUGGCCAAUACUUGUCGUCUGAUUCGUAGAAAAUCUAUUCAAGUUCAACAGAGGGUGAAUUAGAACUUUCAACUCGCCAUCGCAGAGAUUUGAAACACAUUGUGACUUCAGUUUUUUCCAGUUUGACUUCUUCUGCAUGGUGGGAGACAUCAUCCUUACACCAUUUAGAUCUGUGUAUAAAUGAAUAACACAAUAUGCAUGAAACCAGUGAUGAAGCUAUUUAUUGUAAUGAGAUAUUGAUCCAGAAAUGUAAUUGGUAGCAUACUGUGUAUGGAAUUCGGCAUGCUCAGUUGCUAGACGGCUAUUUAAAUAUUCAUGAAGUGAUUACUGAAACUGCCAAAACAUGCCAUACAGACAUAUUACUGGAAUGUAAUUUUAGAUUUUGCAGCUUCUAUCAAAACCUUUCAUUGACUAUUGGAGACCUUGAUGUCAGACGGUCAAUUGUCCGCUGUAAACGGGAUAUUAUAAUCAGAGGUGCAAGCAUAGAUAUUGAUGACAAUGAUGAAGCGGUCAUUUUUAAUUGACGAGAGUUGAAUCGCCGCCGCAGAAACCAGCUGCCAUGAUGGUCAUCAAGGGACACUUGGGGUCAACGACCUCGGGAGGAGGUCCGAGGCAACUCAAGCCUCAGCCCAUCAAAUCCUGGACAGCCAAGUCGGAGAAGGUGUACGAGAAGUCGAGGGAGAACGGGUUUGUGCCUGCACAGCGGGGUCUGUACACCAAGACUAAGAAUCCCCUGCCCGUCAAGUACACUGUCAGAGGAGAGUGGGAAUUGCAAGAAUGCGAGGAGCACUUAACAUGGCUGAACAAAGUAUUGAAGAAGAAGAAACACAAGCCGUUGACAGACUUCCGCAAGAGUGUGUCAGAUGGUCUAACUCUAGUCAACUUGUUAGAAAUUUUGUUCAAUGAGAAGAUUCAAGGAAUCCAGACCCGUCCAAUCAUCAGAGCCCAAAGGAUUGAAAACAUUCAUCUAUGUUUACGAUUCUUACAAACCAAGGGGUUCGAUACCAGAGGGGUCAAUGCUGAAGAAAUAACAGAUGGGAAUCUCCGGUCUACUAUAGCACUCAUCAACACUCUUAGACGAAGGUUUGAGAGUACCACUGUGAGCACCGGUAGUCAGAAGCAAGACAGUGCACCGUCCACGCCGCGAGGACCGGUACCAGAUAGCAUCUCACAGAAUGAAGAAAGGAUAUCAUUACAGGGGAGAGAUCCAAGUACUCUUAGCCAGAUAUCUGUUCAGUCUGAAACUAGUUUUGGAAGAAAGAGUGGAGAUUACACAAUGAAUGGUACAGAGGGUACCUCUGAGAUGCAGACCACUACACCCCGUCUGAUUCCUAAUGGUCAUGUUGAGCCUGCCUUACCGGGUCUAAUGGGAUCUACCAACCAUGAAGAUGAGUUACCGGUCAUAGCACACAAUGAUCAUACCGUCAUGAGUAUGACCGAGAUGGGAUCUAAAGGAGUCCUGCAGCAUGGAGCUGAGACUCGGCGGACGCAGCUAUCAAAAGAGAGCCCUCGUGGGGCUAUCAGACCUCAACCAGUUAAAGCAGGAGAUUCAUGGAACCCACUAGCUAACCUCAAGUCCCCACUGAGGGAUACGUUAUCCAUGACGGUAGAGGAAAAGUUAAAGAACUUGCUCGACUCGCCCACACCGGGUAGUCUUAUCAAUGGAAACAAUCAGCCUCAGUUUGAUGACGGUGAGCUGUUGGAGCUACCUCCACCAAACUUCCGUGAUGUCACCGAUGAAGAUGAGGCUAUUGAUGAGGAGGCUAACCUUCAAGCCAUGUUGGAGGAUCCUGAUAAGUUUGACUACCCCAAGGAUUGGGAUAGAUACAUCUCAGGUUAUGUGCCCUCCACAACGACUGAGAAGAAAGAGGGUCCUCGUGCUCAAGCCCUGUUAGAUCAACCCCCUACCUCUACCACGCCCCCUCCCGAUGCAUCCACCCCAACCACCAAUUGGAACCGUCCAGCUCCUUUCUUCCACGGUCCUUCAUCGCAUCAUAUGGGGACUGCUCCAUCAACUCAACCUCCUCAGGAGAUGUCUGGCUACUCAAAUGGGAGGCCUCAACCUAUCCGUCCAAUCAGCAAGAAGCUUCCAGAUAAUUUCCGCAACCUAUCGGGUGUGGUCUAUGGGGAGGAGCCAAUCAACAAAGGGUCAAUGUCUAAUCUUUCCCAGACAUGGUCCGCACCAUACAGAACACCAGGUGAUGGUCAAAGAACAAGGCAUCUUCCUUCAUACGAGGAUCACAUCCAACGUCAUUCUCCUCCGGUCUACCGCAAGCUGCAGCCAAAUGGCCAGAGCCCACCAACCAGUGGCUACGAAUCUAGAGGCCGUAGCUCUCCAAAGACAUUACCUCGAUCUCAGGGUUUCCAGAGGUAUUACUCGUCAUCACGUUCCCAGUUCCCCGACCAGUACAACACAGAUGCUGGCUUUCAUGAACAGUACAUUGAUCAAAUGGACAACAGGGGGCAGGCCUUCAUGUCGCAGAGUCUGCCCCAGCCGUUGGAUGAUCAGGGACUGCUGCAACGGCUGUACCAGAGACCGAAUCAGAACACUGCCUUUGUGCCGAUACGCGCGUCUAACCCCAUGUAUCCCAUGAUGCCCGGUGGCGGCAUGAGCGAGGAAGCGUUCGCCAUGCAGCAGAUGGCAUACGAGUAUGAUAUGCCUUACAGCGAAAGCUCCUCCCGGUCGCACACCCCGCCCUUGCCCCCGCUUUCGCCGGACAUUACCCCUCCAGAGACACCUCCGGACUCGCCCUCUGCCUACAAGAAGAAUAGAUCAUCCAGCAUCUGGGCAGCCAACAACCAGCAAUCACCGCUGAAUCCAAGGAGAAACAGAGGGGACAGUUUAGGGAAGCUCAGAAAGGGUCCAGUGAACAGGAGUCACAGUGCGAACUAUAAACUUGGAGACUCUAGGUCACCGCUGAAGAGAAGCGGUAGUAAAAGCAGAAGGAAAAACAAGCACGGUUCAAGGACUAACAGUAGAGCAAGCGCUUCAACAGGGAAAGACAGUCGCAAAUCAAGUGGAAGUAGUAGCAGAGUUCCAUCUCUGCAGUUGAAUCAAGUUCAGGAGCAGACAGAGGCAUCGGACAGUGAUGUUUCCCCCAAGCAGAAGGCAUCAUCCAGUCUAAUGUCGGGUCCUGAUGGAAGGGAGGAGGAGACCCUCCAGGGUAACCCAUCCAGGGCCUCCUCCUUGGCCGGUGGGAAGGAGAACCAGAACAUGGAGGCUGUCAGGUCACAGCUCCUGGCUCUGGAGGGAAUGUAUAAAGAAAUACUGGGUGUGAUUGGUUCUAGUAAGCUUGAGAGUGAUAGUCCAAAGGCAGGAAGCAAGAUCAGCGCACCCAUGAGAAAUGUCGGCAAACAAAAAAGCAACAAACUCUCCACCAAACAACGGGAGCGGGAUAUCAAGACAGUCAACAAGCGUUUCUCCCGAGUGGAGUCACACGUCGUGACGUUGGCCCGUAGCGUUGCCCACCUGUCAUCUGAAUUGCGAUCUCAGAAUGCUCUGAUACGAGAGAUCGAAGCGUUGAGGAUUGAGGUGAAUCAGUUGAAGGAUGUUGCCUAUUUCAAUCACGAUGUCUCUUCAUCAUCAAGGAAUCUUCACAGGCCAUUUGUGCCACAAUGUGCCAACCCACAGAAGAUCAAGAAACUCACCAAAUUCUUUGGGGAGGAGCCUCCGUUAUUAUCAAUAUUCCUAAAGGAUCUUGGCUAUGAGAAAUACAGCAGUAAUUUUGAGAAGGCUGGGAUAUCAAUGAUAGAGAUGCCCUAUCUGAGUGAGGAGAAGCUUGAAAACAUUGGUAUACCCAUCGGACCUCGGCUUCGCAUCCUACAGGAGGCACAAAUAAUGGUCUGAAAAGAUCACUUUUCAACUAUGCAAGAACAAUACAAUUCAUUUGUAGAAGCUGGUUAUUUUCCAUGGCGAUGCAUUGUAUUGGUACGGUGAUGAUUUUAUUACUUCAAGUCAUUACUGCGUACGAUAUAGAUGUUGGAAUCUUUACAGAAAAUUUGGGAGUGCUGACUUGAGGAUCCACUUCCAAAUAAAUGCUGAAGGAAUAAAUCUGCAAAUGACGCAUCAUCUCUUCAACAUGCUAAGCUUCAAAACUGACAGUUUUAUUUGGCGGAAGGACUCACAUUUUUUACUUCCUCCUCCAAAAAGAUGAACAUGCAAAGAGAUAUGUUAACUCUUCAAAGCUUAAUUGGAUAUCAAUUCUCAUGAAAUCCCCCAAACAUAGCCGAAAAUUGAAAAAUCAAAAUUCUUCCAAAUAACUGGAUUAUGCCAACCCAAAGCACUUUCACAAUUAAGUGAUACUAUUUCAGUUACAGUACACUGAAAUUGAUAUAACCCACCAAUAUGUAACAAUACCAAAUUAUUGCAUUUUUUUAAAUUGGUAUUUUCAAUUUAUCUAUGAAUAUAUAUGCAGCUGGUGCUAGUAAUGUUUGCUGUUGCUAUGCACACUUCCUCUUUCUAUGCUUUGCUAUGUCAAGUUUUCCACUUCUGUUUUUUUUUUAUAAACCUGUAUUUGAUAAACCACAUUCCACAUGAUGCUGUCACUGUUAGAGAUAUGAAAUACAACACAUUUAAUUUGUGUAUUUCAUAAUACAUGUGCCACUGUUGUUCUUUACCGUGAGUGGCUUGUUCUGUAUACCACAUUUUCUUGUAGACAUGCAAGACCAGAUAGCAGAGGCCACAAGUAAAAAUUAGGGGAAAAAAUUAAAGAAAUAUUAAAGUGAAUGAUGACUCCCAAGUGCAAAUGCAGGGAAGAAUAAGGAUAAAUGAGUAAGGG